UUAAUCGGAGACAGCUGAUAAAACCAUCAAGUUGGAUUAAUGCGAACUGUAACCCUUUCUACCUCAAGCUGGAAAAAUUAAACAUACAGUAGGAUCUGACAAAAAGAUUUUCAAGGCAGAGGGGUGAAGAGGUGUCUUGCAAAAUUAGGCACCUUAGACAGGAUAAACUGGAUAAUAGAUAAAGAUUCACUACUGUAAGGAUGAGAAGAUUAGGACACAUGAUUUGCUAAACUUGCAAGCCGGUUCUUGACCGGAGAGAGAAGGGAAAUACGGAAUGAGGGAAAAGAAAGAGACUAUAAAAGUGCACACGUACGCAGAAAUACACUUUACACGCAUCAGACUUAGUUUGAGCUAAGACCAACCUAAAAGACACUAGCACAUUCUACUUUGGUAUGAAAACCAAGCUGAUAAUACUUACGUUUAUUGGUACUAAAAGCAAUGGCAUUUUCUCCAGCAGUCAAGCAAAGAAGUCUGUACUUAAUUGUGAAAGCAUUACGUUAAAUCAUCGGCAAAAUAUCCUACACAUAACACGUCUGAGCACUUACAAACUUAUAAUAUUCGGUGGAAUUUAAAUUAGCCACAUUACCAGCGUCGUUAUGCAAUAUAUUUCUUCUUUUGAUAACGAUUGUGUCAUUUGAUUGACUCUGCCUAAGCACGAUGUACACAGGAAAAUACGUUUAUAAUAGAAAACUACACAAAUGUAUAAAGAAAUAACUCUCUAAAAAGACCGAGAUCUAUGAGAAUAAAUAUACCUUUCAAAUCUUAAUGAUGUUAAUAUUUCAAGAAUGUGAAAAGAAAGCAUAGAACCUGAUAGUCUCCAUUACCCUUUCAAAAUUUUCUCGAACAUAAUUUCAUUAUUUAUAAUGAAACAUGUUCAUUGACAAAAUUAUUGCUAGGAUAUUUCAUUUAACUGGAAAAAGAUUUCACUGAUACGUAGUUUUAGCAAAAGCAACUUUUAAACCUACUUAUUUCCUGUUGUUACUGCUGCUUUUUUUUGUGAAGUGGCAGCAAAAUAAUAGGAACAACGCUGGUGUCAACAGCUAAAUUAAUGGAAGUAUAAAUUAAUGAUAAUAAUAAAAACAUUAGCAAAACAACCAAGGAAAGGAACACAAGUACACGAUAAUAUAGAGUCUAAUAUGAACAAAGAUGCCAGUAUCAAUAAGCUGAAAGGAAAAUCUUUAUCUUGUCUCUGUGCUGUCAACUUCCACGUAUUGUUAUAUCUUUGCUGUGGCUAAACCGGAAUGAAUGAAUAUAUUUCUAUUCUAUUUCAUUAUUAGAAGUGUACAUGCAAGAAAAAAAAAUGUAAUUAAAGACAAUACAAUAACUUAAGAAGUAUUAGUAAUCAACCUACAAAUUAGAAAAUCGUGAAUGAAUAGAUCAGGCCUUUAGAUACUUGCAAUACUAUCAGAUAAUCAAUAGUUCUCUCAAAAGUUAUUUAUAACCUCACAAUCAAGCACAAUAUAUAAAUAGGGUCUUGUUACCAAUAUUCAAUAUUUCUACCAAGAAGUGUGGUAUCAAGAAUAUACCAUGCUUUGCUAGAAAGCGGUGUCAAAAUGCAUUCCAUCAGAGAUUUGUCAGUAAUAUGGCCACUAUUAUGGGCAGGAUGUGUUUGUUUGUACUUCCCGCAGGCAACCUAUCGGGUUCAUACACAGCCAUGGAUUUCUGAUGGCUCACCCCUUCUCAAAUUCUAUGCCUUAAGACAUUCCACUGAUCCCAGAGAAGGGCACAUCUCUUACCGUGUCAUACGAGCUGUUGGUCACAACACAAACACAGAUUAUAAAUCAUGUUUUCGAAUAACAGACUCGGAAUGGUUGUCACUGAAACGAAGCUGUAGUUUCCUUAACCAAGGUGUAGAGUGUUCUUUGCGGUUGACCGUUCUCGCCUCACUAAGGCAUGGACUAAAGAACCAUAAGGCCCAUACAACGGUAACUCUAAUAAUUGACUCUAAUAUAGAAACCCUUAGUGGUGAAAAAAAUUGUCAACAGAAAACAAAUUUGUCAUACGAGAAAUAUUGCUUCGACGAACCUGAUACAAUGGAUUACAGAGUUGAAGCUUGCAAUCACAGACUAAUAUUUGGACGUCUUGUACAAACGCCAUCUGAGUUAAAUACUCAAAAGAGAAUUGAUUACAACAUAAUUUCUGGGAAAGCCGACCAGAAGACUGCCUCUGAAAUAUUAACUAUAGACAACACAACUUCUGAGAUGGCCUUAAAUAAUAUUGCUGCCUUAGAGAAUGCCAAAAAAUUUAAUUUCACGAUUAGGUGUACCGUUUCAAGACAAUCUGUAAAUGGAUCAUAUGAAAGUCUUUCAUAUGAAAAAUCAGUUUUUCUGACAGUUUUCUCACCAACAAUUUAUCCAGAGAAAAAAAUGACCAGGUUUCCACGUCAUGCACAUCUUCCUGUUGAAAAGGCUCCUACUCUCAAUACACCGCAGCCAAUUGCCAGAGAAGUUUUCAGGAAUGCAUCCCAGUAUAGCACGAUUUACACAAUGCCCUAUGAUCUUCAAAUGAAAUUUAAACAUCCCGUGUAUAAGCUACGUGAUACUACCAUCUUUAACGUAACGGAGAAGACAGGAAUUGUGUACGUAAAGAACACAACGGAACUUCGUAAAAGCGUCGAUAAGAAAUUCAUAUUUGUUUAUGUACAAAUUUAUGAAAAAGGCGAAGAAAGUGUGAAAAAAAUUGAAACAAUUGUUAUAAAGUUAGAAGAAGGAGCAUCGUUUCCAGGAAAAUGUGAUGGGAUGUGUUCUAAAUACACCAAUGAAAGGGAUUGUCACGAAAACUGUGGUGUUGGAUCCGUGUUGGGAAGAUGUUUAUGGAAUGCUGGUGAAAUAACAAUGUCUAAAAAUUACAGUACAUGUAGGCCAAACACAGAGACCUGUCCUGAUUAUAAGUGUGAUGAAUUAGAAGCGAAGAAUCCAAAAAUAUGCCCCCAGGAUUGCACAGGUACGACUCCUGUUGGUGGAUUGUCUGGCGAAACAAAUCUUGGAAUUAUGAGAGCAAAAGGUGUUUGUUCAUGUGAUGCGAAAUACGUGUGCCACUGCGUACCUCAACCAGUAAUUGAACUGAAUGAAACUAAAGUUAUUGAACCAGUAGAGAAAUUUAAUAAAUCAGAGAAACCUAAGUCUACACUCAGAACUGUUGAUGCAGUAUCGAAUGCUGUGGUUCAGAAAAACGAAUCGGAUAUUUGUGACCGAAUAUGUGAGUCAGCAAUGGCAACAGUGUUUGGAUGUCUCGUGGUGAUCUGUUUUAGCAGUUUCGCUGUCUGGUGGCUGGUAAAGAAACGUCGACUCCGCUCAGAUACCUUAAAGCAUGUUGGCAGCGUUGUAUCUGUUUCGGCAGCACCAUCUGACUAUGUUGGCGAUCAAGAGAGACAGAUGCAUCUCCACCAUUACAAUUAUUCCUGUCACAAGGGACCAAGCGAUGGGUUUUCUGUCACCACUGACCAGAUAGACAAAAAAUGGGGUUUCCCUCGCAAGAACUUGAUAAUCGAAGAAGCGCUUGGCGAAGGUGAAUUUGGAAUGGUUAUGAAAGCCCAGGCUUUUAAUAUUGAUGGUAAAUCAGGAUACACGACUGUAGCAGUAAAGAUGCUAAAAGAGUGUGCGUCAAUUGCUGAGUUCCGUGAUCUCUGGUCUGAGUUUAACUUAUUGAAAGAAGUAAACCAUCCUAAUGUCAUUCGACUUCUCGGUGUAUGUGCUCAUAGAGGGCCCUUUUACAUUAUUGUCGAAUACUGUCAACACGGCUCACUGAAAAACUUCUUACGUAAACAUCGACAAGCAGCUUGUAAUAGAACAGCAAGAACACCCGAAGAAAUAAAAGCAGAACUUAGUGUUAUUUUGACCACAAGAGACUUGCUUUCGUUCGCCUGGCAAGUUUGCAAAGGGAUGAGAUAUCUUUGUCAAAUGAAGUUAGUCCACCGCGACCUUGCUGCCAGGAACGUGCUCAUGGCUUCAGGAAAUCUUAUCAAAAUUUCGGAUUUCGGUCUCACACGUGAUAUUUAUGAAGCUGAUGCCUACAUGAAAAAAAGUAAAGGACGCAUUCCUGUUAAAUGGAUGGCACCAGAAUCUUUAUACGCCCAGGUUUAUACAUCAAAAAGCGAUGUAUGGUCAUUCGGAGUGUUGUUGUGGGAAAUAAUAACAAUGGGUGCAAACCCCUACCCAGGUAUUCCACCAGAGAGGCUUUUCAGUUUACUAAAAACCGGAUACCGAAUGGACAGACCAGAGAACUGCUCAGAUGAAAUUUACGCCAUAAUGCAAAAAUGCUGGAAAACAGAGCCUGCUCAACGCCCAUCAUUUGGAGAUUUGGCAGAUAUUUUGGAUCGACUACUUCAAGAAAGAACAGGUUACUUACAGAUGGAUGGUUUCCUGAAAAAGAAUGAACGAGGAAACGGAUUCAGUACUCCAAAUAACAAACGGAGAGGUCACCAUCCACAUGUAAAGGACAUAGAAGACCAGGAUAGAUCUAUUCAUCCGACAGAUAUUAAUGCCUACCUGAUGCCAGUUGUUCAUGAUUACGCUAAUCGAAGAGACAUCGCUGAAUCACUGAAAAGUGAACCAGAAACCUACGAACUGAAACAUACAAAGAAUACAGCUGCCAAAUGAGAAAGGCUGCAGACUGAGAAACUUGUUAGUAUUGGGCUCUCCCUUAUUGCCGGAUUUGAUGAAAACACUGAAGUAGGGCACUCAGAUUGCAAAGAAAAGGGCAAUAAAGUGGAAGAGCUACGUUAAUUAAUCAUGGUGGCAACGAAUAGACAUUUGGUUUCUCAGCCAUAGACGCCUUGAAAAUACUACAACUUGUUUAUUUAUGUAUGAAAGGUUGAUGUUAUGCAUUUAUGUCUAUGAGUAUAAUUAUUAGUAAUUACACACAGAUAAUUACACACACACACACAUAUAUAUUAUAUAUGUAUUCAUAUGUAUGUAUACAUAUA